CCACCUGUUUCCUCAUGAAUGUGUACCUGCGCUUCAAUCAACCUUUGAAAUUCGUUGUGUUGAGACUCCAAAGUGAGCGGAUCGAAGUAUUUCCACCAUCGUUGUGCACUGGCGGAGAGGUCAAGACGGCGCUUGGCCGCUCAACAUCAGCACAUUUUGUUAAAGGAACAAGUUCGGAACCUGGAAAUUAUACGGAAGAGACAGCAGGGCGCGCAAAAGUGGACAAAUGGUGGGAGACGCUACAGGAACCUGUAGCCUAUAGGUACAAAAGUUUGGAGUGAAGAGGAGGGAGGAGAACGAAACUGAAUCGUUCGAGUCUCCAUUAAAUUAAAAUCGGCUACUCGCUGUCGAUCAUCGUCUUCCAAGCAAAUAUUUUAUGAGCUCUAUCACCUGUGUGGUUAAUUUUAAUAGCCCAGUAGUGUGGAGACUACAGUAAGGUGUUGGGGACAGAGACAGACCUGGACAACUCAGCAUGCCACGAGCAUUCCUGGUGAAAAAGUCCAGUGUUUCACCCGGCAAGAGAAGCUGGAGUGAUCUACCUGACCACGAGCGAGGAGACAUUUACAUACCAGUCUCUGUGUCCCCUCCAGCUUUGUGUGAGGAGACUGAGGCAAGUACAGCUGAAGUGGCCCUGUGCCUAUCCACUCAUAAAGAGCGCAGCAGAUGUACAGAGAAAUACUUGCUAGAGUCCUACACACUGGUUUCUACAGCUGAGCUGCCCUCCUGUACCGCUCUGGGACAGCAGCCCAGUCCUGAAACAGAGCGCAUCCGAAGUACACACAGCAGCACAUAUGUCCGCUCCAAGAUCAAGGUGACUACAGGUGAACUCCCUAUCGAAGCUCCACUUCGCAUUCCGAGCACAACUGCAGAUCCUCCGGUCACUGUGCCAAACCCAUGUCCCACAACCAGCAGCGUAACAUCUUCUGCACCUACAACAGGGGGAACCUAUUCAUGUCAGGUGUGCCAGAAAGCGUUUCAGUACCAACGCAUGCUCAACAGACACCUAAAGUGUCACAAUGAACAGAAACGGCAUCUUUGCAGUUUCUGCGGCAAGGGCUUUAAUGACACCUUUGAUCUCAAGAGGCAUGUGCGCACACAUACAGGUGUUCGUCCAUAUAAAUGUAAUUUGUGUGAGAAAGCCUUUACCCAGCGCUGCUCUCUGGAAUCCCACAUGAAGAAGAUCCAUGGUGUGCUGCAACAGUAUGCCUACAAGGAACGGCGCACUAAGCUCUAUGUCUGUGAAGAAUGUGGCCACACUGCUUCAACCCAGGAUUCAUUGUUGCGCCAUGUCCAUAAUCAACAUCCAAACAGUGCCUUCUUGCGGGCCAAGGGGGCACGUAGACAUUCAGGGGCAGUAGGUGGUGUUACACGAGAGGAAAACUCCCUGCCUGGCUCUCCUUUAUCUCUGAACAGUGAUGACACAACAGAAUCAGGAGGAAGGUAGAAAGAGUUGAGAUUAAUUGAGGCAUAAAAUUAUACUGUCAUAAUAUACACAUCUCAUUAUGUAAACUAGAUCAUAUGCAAUGUUAUUUAAAAUAAGAAGUGAGAAAGUGAAACUUAAUACAGUGAAUAAGUAAAGGAGUAGAUAAAUGAGUUUCAAGCAGUAAUCAUGGAUUGAGUGCGAGUUUACACAUCCACUAUAGAUGAGGGCUGGUUCUUCACUUUGAAAUCAGUAAACAGCUAAAUCAUGAUUAUGCACUAGUUUAGUUUGCAACAAAACUGAUGUUGAAAAACUUUAAAAAGAAAACACUAUCUGAUAUAAAUAGUACUCCAUUUUUGCUCAGGGGAAAAACAAAAACUUUUUCCGAAAUAUUAUAUUAAAUGUUUAUAAUGUCCUAUUUUGUUGUAAGGAAUUAUUGAAGAGGGAAUGGUGUUCAGUCAGUAAUUAUUGAGGUUUGUAAUAUAUACCGUCAUAUAUGAAGAAAUGUGUAUUUAUCGAGGUGGUGUCUAAUGCUCUCUUGGUGGAGUUUCACGUAUUCCAGAUUUUAUAUGUUUAUAAUAACCUAUAAAUCCUUGUACAUAAUACGAACACAGAUUGACGUUUUCAUAUUCAUUAGCUUCCACAAGAGUAAGAUAGAUGUGCUCACUGCAAUUACUGUGUGACAUCCUAACAGUAAUAAUGCUGAUCUGGCUUCAGGUCUAAUAGUCCAAGAGAGCACUGAAGUAUUGUAUGGAAUUUUACUACACUACUUUUUUUAAAGUGACUGUGCUUUCUAUAUAAAAUGAACAAUAAACUUUUAUGUUACAAAUUCUGAAAAA